AUGGAUCCAUUUGAUGAAGUUCUAAAGGAUGCUAUACUGCAAUUAGAUAUCCUUAAAGGAUUUUCUGGGAAUCAUAUAACUGAAAACUCAAAGAUUGAUUUUGAUAAUACAUAUCUGGAAUUACAAGAAAUAUUACAAGAUUUAGAACAAGCAAUCAGCAUUUCAGAAUCUAAUCCUGAACAAUUUAACCUUAGUAGCUCGGAUAUAUCAGAACGAAGACGAAUAGUGGCACAGUUGAAAAAUGAACUUGACAAGGUGGUAACGAAUUGGAGAGAUAUUUGUAACAAUCCAAGAAGGCAAAGACAAGUCACCACUAUGUCAAAUCGAAUUUCACAAGAUACUUCACAUAAUGAAAAUCCAUUUUCAGAUACCAAUAGAGUAAACGAUGAAUUUCAACAGUUUCAACAACAAGAAAUGACCCAAAAUCAAGAUUUACAAUUAGAUUCAAUUCAUCAAACUAUGCAUAAUUUAAACCAACAAGCCAUGAUGAUGGGAGAAGAAUUAGAAGAACAAGGGUUUAUGUUGGAUGAUUUAGAUCAAGAGAUGGAUGUAGUUGGAGGUAAAUUACAAAGAGGAUUGAAACGAGUAGCAUACGUCAUUGAGAAGAAUAAGGAACGAGCAAGUGAUUGUUGUAUAGUGUUACUAGUUGUGGCACUUUGUGUCUUGUUGGUAUUACUUAUCGUUUUAUAA